UAACCAUUGAUUAUUUGCAUACAUAAUUCCAUUGCUGAUUUGAUUUGAAGGGAGAAAUUACAAAAUUCCAAAACCCUUUUGGGAUCUCAGAAAUGUCAGACGAGGAAGAAACGCAGCCCACUGAUGACCAGAAAAUCGAAAUAGCCAAAUGGUUUCUCCUCAAUGCUCCCGCCGGCGAAAUCCAAUACAUCGCCAAAGAUAUGAAGGCGGUUUUGCAGGAUGAGACGCUGUACACCACGGCCGCCGCAGUGGCAUUUCCUCUUUACAACAAAUCUCACAUGAUCUGCCUCGAUUUUCCUGAUAGAAGCGGUGAGGUUAUGGUUACACCAUUUAGUGAGAUUGGCGAGAACGAGUAUCUUGAUCCUAGGACUGCUCAAGUUGCAGUUGUUGACCAUGUGAAUCAGGUCUGUAGACGCGCUCGGCCUGCAAAUGAUGAAGAACUUCCAACACCAUAUAUUGAGGAAUAUCGGUAUGCCUUGGAUAUAGAAGUUACUAAGUAUGUAAGUGAAGCAUACCCAAAAGGAAUCUGUUCAGUUUAUUGUGUUAAUGGGAAAGAUGUGGAAGAACCAGGCAUGGAUUUUGAUCUUGUUGUGGUAAUUUCUGCUGCUAGACUCAGCCCUCAGAAUUUCUGCAAUGGAAGUUGGCGGUCGAUAUGGAAUGUGGAAUUCAAGGAUGAGGCACAAUUUGUGGAAGUUAGAGGUACACUUCAGGUUGGCGCCCACUACUUUGAGGAGGGGAAUGUCCAGUUAGAUGCAAAGCAUGAGUGCAAAGAUUCCACUAUGUUAAUGUCACCUGAAGACUCUGCACAUUCUGUGACCGCCAUUAUACGCCACCACGAGACGGAGUAUCUAAAUUCCCUUCAGACAUCCUAUUCAAAAUUGCCUGAUGCCACCUUCAAGGACCUUCGGAGGAAGCUUCCUGUUACGCGGACCUUAUUCCCAUGGCAUAAUGCUGCACAGUUCAGCCUCAGAAGAGAUAUCCAAAAGAGCUUGGGACUGGAAAAGAAGUAAAUGAUUCUUCUUCAAGGUUGAUUGUUGUAUACUGUAGUAUUUCCACAUUCACCCCCUACAUACAACGAUGAUUUUGUUUUUGUUUCUGUGUUGUAUCAUGUGCUUCCCCACUCUUGAUCUCUCAUUUUCGUCAGGGGCACCGGUUUAUAUGCCAAUUGGCUUGAAAUUUUAUGAAAACGUAUGAUGUAUGUAUACCUUAGGGAUGUAAAGUAUUCAUAUACUGAAAGAACUCAUUUGUUUCCCA